CUCCAGGCAGGGAAUGGCCACACUCUAUUUGAGCAUGCUCCCCUGGACCUCACCAUUGUCCUGUGUUGCAUCCAGCUGGCCCAGGGGAAGCUGUCUACGGAGCAACUGACAGACCAAGUCCUCAGUCUCGUCUCCACCCACUCGCCUCGCCACCUCAGCGAGCUCUCCCUGGGUGUGGAGCAGCGGGGGGACUCCCGGCCGUCAGCCGAGAUCGUCCGGAUGAUGCAGCGGCUCUCAGACAGAGCCAAGCAUGCCCAGCACUGCUGCAGCUGCAUCACCACCUGCUUCAAAGUCGCAGUGGUCAGUAAUACUCUUACCUACUCU